AUGGUCGCGACAACCAACACCAAGCCUUCUCCAUCGCAUACUAUCCCAGUAGUAGUUCCUACGCACUGCAAGGCCGGUGUCGUGAUUAAUGAAGGGCCUAAUUUCGAAGUCCGUGUCGAAACUGUCCCCGUUCCGACCCCCGGCCCUGAUGAGAUCCUUAUUCGCCUCAAUGCCACCGGUCUUUGCUCCUCUGAUGUGCACUUGAUGGCGGCUGAUCUGGGUACCCCACCAAUGUCAGCAUUUGGCGUCCGCUCCCCGGGUCAUGAAGGCGCUGGUGUCGUCGUCCAGGUUGGCGCCAACGUCAAGACCUUCCGAGUCGGUGAUCGCGCCGGUAUCAAGCCCAUCCUUGACACCUGCAACAACUGCGACCUCUGCUGGGACGAUAAAGAAACAUACUGCCCUGGUGCAGUUCUAACCGGUCUGGCUGCUGCCGGGACGUACCAACAGUUUAUCGUCUCACCCGCACGAUACGCCUCUCCUAUCCCAGACGGUGUCCCUGACGAAGUAGCCGCCCCCAUCAUGUGCAGCGCUAGUACCGUAUACCGGUCCCUGCGCGAGUCGGGUCUCAGUCCAGGCAAUUGGGCCGUGUUCCCCGGUGGUGGUGGAGGCGUGGGGAUCCAAGGCGUGCAGAUGGCCAAGGCGAUGGGCAUCCGGCCAAUCGUGGUGGACACAGGCUCAGCGAAGCGGACGCUGGCAUUGGAGAUGGGAGCAGAGGCAUUUAUCGACUUCCGCGAAACGAGUGACCCCGCAAAGGCAGUUAUCAAUGUGGCUGACCGCGUCGGGGCCCAUGGUGUCUUCGUAACUGCGCCAGCAGCUUAUAAGACAGCCGUGUCAUAUAUAGGUACACGCGUUGGGGCGAUAGUAAUGUGCAUUGGACUGGCACCGACGGGCACAAUCUUCAUCGGAGAGGACCCAAACACGUUCGUCUUCCGCAACCUGACAGUCAAAGGCACGCUGGUUGGGAGUCGUCGCGACACGGCGGCCGCGUUGGAUUUUGCUCGACGGGGAAUGUUGAAGACAAUUUGCGAGGUAUAUCCAUUAGAUCGGUUGCCAGAGGCUGUGGAAAGACUGCGAAAAGGAGAAGUAGCUGGACGGAUUGUGGUGGACUUCAACAGUUGA